CCUACCAUCUCCGCCCUUAACUCCCAGUGCUCCCCACCGUUCGCGCCAGCCGUCGAAGCCCCGUACUUGCAGAUCUGCGUUCCAGCGGUCAACGUUCACGUUCCCGACUUGCGCGUCGCCGCCCAGCGACGGACGACCUCAGCACACCAUGGCAAACGGAUGGGCCCCCUUCAUCGGCCUCGUAGUCGUCGCGAUAUUCUGCGGAGCCGCCUGGUUCCUGUCCCCCAAAGGCGAAGAACAAACUAUUUGGAGAUCGACACUCAUUCUCUCGGCGUCGGCCAUGUACAUCAUGUGGGCGAUAACGUUUCUCGCGCAGUUGCAUCCGCUCAUCCAGCCGGUGCGGACCGAUCUAAAAGGGCCGGAGGACUUCCAGCACUAGGGUACGUUGCAGUGGAGUAGGAGAGGGCUAUAUUUGAGAUACGAGAAGAUGAGGAAGGAGGAAGCGAAAUGCGCACGUCGCGCAUGACCGGAAGAAGAUGGAGGAUCUGGGACGGAGCGAGUUGACAGAGCGACUGGGGCCACGAGAGAGCGAUUUUCCGCGACCGGCGAUUUGUACUAUGAAUACAUGGGUUUUAGCAUGGGCAGGACGGCGCUGUACAGAUACACUACAUCAAUCAUAUUUAAACAUACAAGCUA